CCUCUUCUACUCUCUUAGAUACUCUAGAACGACAUGUCCAACGCCGCUUACGAUGCCGUCUGCACUCAUCCCAUCCCGCCUCGCAUGAGAAAUGGCACCGAGGUACCUUUCAUCGGUCCUAACUUUGAGGCGUACAAGAAAGCACACGCUGAGACUGUGGGACCCAAUGCGGAUCAGUGGUGGGCUCAGAUGGCGAGGGAGCUCCUGCACUGGGAUCGCCCCUUCCAGACUAUCCGCUCCGGCUCCUUCAAGACCGGAGACAUUGCAUGGUUCCCGGAGGGAUACAUAAACGCUUCCUAUAACUGUGUUGACCGCUGGGCGUUCGAGGACCCAAAUAAGACCGCCAUCAUCUACGAGGCCGAUGAGCCCGGUAAUCACAAGUACAUCAGCUACGGCGAGCUGCUGCGCGAGGUCUCGCGGGUCGCAAACGUCCUCAAGCGCUUCGGUGUGACGAAGGGCGACACGGUGUCCGUGUACAUGCCGAUGACCUGGCAGGCCGUCGCGGCAUUCCUCGCCUGCGCGCGCAUUGGCGCCGUGCACUCUGCUGUCUUCCCUGGCUUCUCGAGCGAGGCCCUCCGCGACCGCAUUAACGACUGCCGCUCGCGCGUCGUCCUCACCGCGGACGAGGGCCGCCGGGGCGGCAAGGCGAUCGCGCUCAAAGCUCUCGCGGACAAGGCGCUCGAGGGCUGCCCACACGUCGAGCAUGUCCUCGUGCUCAAGCACACGGGCAGCGAGAACGUCGGCUGGGUUGCCGGCAGGGACAAGUGGUGGCACGAGGAGAGCGCCAAGGUCCCGAACUACUGCCCGCCUGAGCUCCUGAACUCUGAGGACGGCCUCUUCAUCCUCUACACCUCCGGCUCGACCGGCAAGCCCAAGGGCAUCAUGCACACCAUCGGCGGGUACCUGCUCGGCGCCGCGCUCAGCGUGAAGUACGUCUUCGACGUGCACCCCGACGACCGCUUCGGAUGCAUGGCCGACCUCGGCUGGAUCACAGGCCACACCUACCUCGUGUACGGCCCGCUCGCGCUCGGCGUCGCGACGACGGUGUUCGAGUCAACGCCGACGUACCCGACGCCCGCGCGCUUCUGGGAGACGGUCGACCGGCACCGACUCACGCACUUCCACACCGCGCCGACGGCGGUGCGGCUGCUCCGCCGGCUCGGCGAGUCGCACGUGCAGAACGCGGACCUCAGCUCGCUCCGCGUCAUCGGCUCCGUCGGCGAGCCUAUCAACCCCGAGGCGUGGCACUGGCUCAACGACCACGUCGGCCGCCGCCAGGCCGCGAUCGUCGACACCUUCUUCCAGACCGAGACCGGCUCGAUCGUCGUCAGCCCGCUCCCGGGCGCGAUCGAGUGCAAGCCUGGCUCGGCCACGGUGCCCUUCCUCGGCCACGAAUACGCGCUGCUCGAUCCUGUCACCGGAAAGGAACUCGAGGGCAGCGGUGUCGAGGGCGUCCUCGUCUUCAAGAACACUUGGCCCUCUAUCGCGCGCACGGUCUGGCAGGACCACAACAGGUGGCUCGACGUCUACCUCAGGCCCUACCCCGGAUACUUUUACACCGGCGACGGUGCCGUGCGCGACAAGGACGGCUACAUCUGGAUCAAGGGCCGCGUCGAUGAUGUCAUCAACAUCUCUGGCCAUCGUCUCUCCACCGCUGAGAUCGAGUCUGCCCUAAUCCUCUACGACGGCGUCGCCGAGGCGGCCGUCAUCGGAGCGAACGACGAGCUCACAGGCCAGGCCGUGCACGCCUUCGUCACACUCAAGCGCGAGUUCAAGUACGACCCCACGGACGAGCCAGCGUUGGCCAAGGAGCUCGUCCUGCAGGUGCGCAAGGUCAUCGGGCCGUUCGCGUCGCCGAAGAAGAUCUAUAUCACGCCGGACCUGCCCAAGACGCGCUCGGGCAAGAUCAUGCGCCGCAUCAUGCGCAAGAUCAUCGCUGGCGAGGGCGACCAGCUUGGCGACCUCUCUACGCUCGCGGAGCCGGGUGUCGUCGACGUGAUCAAGGCCAAGGUCGCCGCGAGCGCGUGAGGACGAGGUGCAUGUUUGAGAGCGGCUUCCCUGACUGCGAGACUAGACUGUGUAUUAGAUAUAUAUGCUAGAGUGUAUGAUAGCGCUUUCAAAAU